GAUGGAAAUCCUCCCCUGGAUCCCAGUGAACAUUUCAUGGCAGAAGAAGAAAAACUCACAGACCAAGAAAGAUCCAAAAGAUUUGAAAAAGCCUAUACGCAUACUCUGUAUUACCUGGCACAAGUCUACCAACACCUGGAGAUGAUUGAGAAGGCUGCUCAGUACUGCCAUACUACUCUUAAACGACAGCUCGAGUAUUGUGGCUACUACCCUGUAGAAUGGGCACUCAAUGCUGCUACUUUGUCACAGUACUAUCUCUCUAAGCAAUGCUUUAUGGAGUCCCGACACUGUUUAGCAGCAGCCAGUGUCAUCUUCAGUCAAGCUGGACAGGUGCCAUCUGCUGAAGACAAUGAAACGGAGCAGGACCAACAGGACCUUCGACAGAGAAAAGCUGAAAUUGCGAGAUGCUGGAUUAAGUAUUGUUUGAAUCUCCUGCAAAGCGCUCGGAAGUUACUUGAGGAUAACAUAGGAGAGCUGGAUCCAGACAGGCAGUUGGAACUUAAAGCCCAAAGGAAAAAAGAAGAGGAUGAAAAAGAGAAGGGCAGGAAAAAAGCUGUCCUUUUUGGGACGAGUGAUAUAUGUGACUCUGUCUUAGCCAUGGAAGAGAAAGUGAGCAGCGUAUAUCCUUUAGAUUUUCAAGAAGCCAGAGAAAUCUUUCUCGUUGGUCAGAACUAUGUUCAGGAAGCAAAAGAGUUCUUUCAGGUUGAUGGUUAUGUUACUGACCAUAUUGAAAUUGUUCAGGAUCACAGUGCUUUGUUUAAGGUGCUUGCUUUCUUUGAGGAAGACUAUGAGAGACGUUGCAAAAUGCACAAGCGCAGGAUAGACAUGCUGGAGCCUAUAUAUGCAGACUUGAAUCCGCAGUACUAUCUGCUGAUCAGUAGGCAGCUUCAGUUUGAACUAGCUGACACCUAUUAUGAGAUGAUGGAUUUAAAGGUAGCUCUUGGUAACAGGCUAGAGGAGCUAGACUCCCACACAAUUAAAAAGAUCAAUUCUCUGGCUCAGUUAGCGAUCAAAUAUUAUGAACUCUUCUUAGAUUCUUUGAGGAACCCAGAUAAGGUGUUUCCUGAAGUGCUCGAGGAAGAUGUUCUCCGCCCUGCAAUGGUGGCUAAAUUUCACAUUGCACGACUAUAUGGUAAGCUUAUUACUUCGGAUAGCAAAAAGCAACUGGAAAAUAUGCAGACAUCAUUGGAAUAUUACACAUUUCUGGUAGACUAUUGUGAGAAGUACCCGGAUGCUGUCCGUGCCGUUGAAACUGAACUAGAACUCAGUAAGGAGAUGGUGGGUCUUCUUCCAACAAGAAUGGAGAGGCUAAGAGCAAAGCUGUGUCCAUUCAUAUAAAUACUUGCCUUGAAGGAAAUGUGCACUAUUGAAACGAUAACCUGUCAAAACCAGUGCUGUCGGGCAGCUUCCGUACUGAUGGAUAGACUAAGCUGUCUACAGUUGGGCAGUCCACCUAGAGCCCGCAGUAGUUCAAUGUUGUGAAACUCUCCAGUUCAGUAGGUCACCCACACUAAUGGUAUAACUAAAUGUAAAGUGAAUGUCCGGCUAAUGCUUUGUAUUGUUUGUCCUGUAUGUAAAUAGAAACCUUUUCUCCCUUAAGGGUUUUCCCUUUGGCAUAUGGUUCAGUUUCUAAAUGUAGUGCUGUAUGAAAAUGGUUUCUUUUAAGAAAAAUCUGUUUCUCUAGGAGAAUUUUUCUAAGAAGCCUGAGGCACGUUCUUCCAACUAGAAUACGUUUUAUCUCUUCUAACCUUUGUCCCAAGGAAACUUUAUCCAUAGGAAGGGAACUUCGUUAUUUUCAGUAUUUAUUUUGUAUGUUGCUCAGUGUUUUCUUUUUUUCAUCUGUUAAUCAAAACCUGGUUGGUAGAGGCUCAAUAAAUGGACUAGCUUGGCUACAUGUU